UAACAAAAAAAAAGAAAAGAAAAUAACAAUAAAUAAAAGAAAGUUCACUUUAAAAGAUGCUCUUUCCCUCUUCUCAGUUCUCUCUCUGAGUCCCUAGAAGUAAGUAAACCACAGAGAGAAAUAUAUACAAAUUAAGACAGAUACAUACACUAUUACAUACAUAGAGAGACAUGGAUUUGCAUGAAUCAGAAUCAAGAACACAUGUUUUGUCCAACGAUGGUGAUGAUGGUUACAUAGACUUAGAAGUCAAUCUCUCUUCCUCUUCUUCUUCCUCCUCAAGCUUCUUCAGCUUCCCCGUCACUUCCUCGCCGCCGCAAAGCAGAGAGUUCGAGUUUCAAAUGUGUUCCUCCGCCGUAGCUUCCGGUGAAUCAACGACAUCUCCGGCCGAUGAGCUUUUCUACAAAGGUCAACUUCUUCCUCUUCAUCUCCCUCCUCGUCUCAAAAUGGUACAAAAGCUUCUUCUCGCUUCCUCCUCCACCGCCGCAACAGAAACUCCUAUUUCCCCACGCGCCACCGUAUCCUCGCCGCGGAGAUUCAGUAGCAGUGAGAUCGGACAAGACGAGCAAUGUUUCUUUGAGAUUUCAACAGAGCUCAAGAGAUUCAUUGAGAGCAGCGAGAAUCAUCUUGGAAACAGUUGGAGCAAAAAGAUCAAACAUUCAUCGAUUACACAAAAGCUUAAAGCCUCACGCGCUUACAUAAAAGCUCUGUUCUCAAAACAAACCUGCUCAGAUUCAUCAGAGAUCAAUCUAAGAUUCAAAAUUGAACCUUGUAAAGUCUCAAGAAAGAAGAACCCUUUUAUAAACAGUGAAAAACCUCAAUUGUUUCAUAGAAGAUCCUUCUCUGGUGUGAUACAGAGACAUUCUCAAGCUAAGUGUUCAACAUCUUCUUCUUCUUCUUCCUCUGCAUCGUCGUUGUCUUCUUCGUUCAGUUUUGGAUCAAACGGGUCUUUGGAUCUGCAGACACUGAUGAGAAGCAGCAACGCGAGUGAUAACUCCAUUGAAGGAGCGAUUGAGCAUUGUAAGCAGUCGUUUACUAGUAGGAAGAGCAAUGUGACUGAAUCUGAGCUCUGUUCUUCAAGAACCUCUGUUUCUACUUGUGGUGACCUUGAAAAAGAUUGAAAUUCUCAGAUCUGUGAAGCGCUCUCUGAUUCUCAUUCCAAAAGGAUACAAAAAAAAAAAAAAAAAUCAUAAAAAAGAUAACUUUUCUCUUCUACUCUGAUUUUUUUACUUUUGUAUUUUAGAUUAUUUUGUGUGCUUUUGUUUAGAAGUUUGCUGAAUUCGAGGUUUCUUUAUGUGUUAUAAAUGUUAAUGCUACCAAAAUUACUAAUUUCAAGGUU